UCUCAAGAUUGUCAUUUUCCCCCUAAACGCUGUACGGUAUAUGUCCUGUUAAUCUGCAGUCAAGCACGUCAAACACUCUUAAAUAUCCGAACAGACUUGCAGAAACCUUGCAGGUUUGACAUUUCUUUAAAAAAAAAAGACCUAGACACUAUGUGCAGUCUGUGCACAUAAAGCUUAAUUCUCAAACAGCAAUGCUAAAUUAUUACCUACAUACGCACAAACAUAAAUAGGCUCUCUAAAUCUACAGUCGGAAACGAAAUGAGAAAAUAUGUCCCUCCAAGCGCUACAGAUAUUCCAGAUACUUCAGCAUAGCACGGCUUACCCAUUUAGAGAAACGGUGUCUAUUGAAAUAUAUCGAAGUGAAAUCUAUGAUGGGCCAAUACAUAUGUGUAUAAAAGAAACGUAUAAAAAUACAAUGGUCUGGGCGCUAAGGAGAAAGCUCCGUGCAACAGUUAUUGAUUGACGUGGAGCUGUGCUACUUCUGUCAUUUCUGAAUCUCUUAUUGGCCGAGCUGUACUCCUGGCGGCGCAUUGCAGCGCUUAGAUUGGCUGGGUGCUCUGGCCAGCUGUACUUCAAAGCACGCGCUCUCUACAACUAGGUAGAGUUAGGAGCUCGGAGCCAAGAGUGUAGUUAGUCACUUGUGUAAGUUGAGUAAAACGUCGUGGAAGUCUGAUCAAACUCUGUCAUAUAGCGCAGUCGCCUCUUGUAGCUCUUAAUUCAGAGUAACGCAGGCCCUGGCUAUGGCUACGUCUAUACUUGGGGAAGAACCACGAUUUGGAACUACGCCUUUAGCCAUGCUCGCUGCAACCUGCAACAAAAUUGGUAACACGAGUCCUCUGACCACUCUGCCUGAUUCAAGCGCUUUCGCAAAGGGCGGAUUUCAUCCCUGGAAGAGGUCUUCCUCGAGCUGCAACUUGGGAUCCAGCCUCUCUGGGUUCGCCGUAGCGACCAGCAGGGGAUCCACGGGACUAACUACAAGUACCGGCACAGGCAACAGCGCAUUCUGCUUGGCGUCCACCUCCCCGACCUCUUCGGCGUUUACUACCGAGUACAGCAGCCUCUUCUCGAACUCGGCCGGCGUCUCGUCGCAAGAGCCGGGACAGUCCGCUUUCAUCUCGAAAGUUCACACCUCGGCAGAAACGCUGUACCCCCGGGUAGGCAUGGCCCAUCCGUACGAGUCCUGGUACAAAUCGGGCUUCCACUCGACCAUCUCCGGCGAGGUCGCCAACGGCGCUUCCUCCUGGUGGGAUGUUCACACCAACCCCAGUUCGUGGCUGGAGGUUCAGAACCCGGCGAGCACUCUUCAGACCUCUUUACACUCGGGCAGCCCCCAAGCCACCCUGCACUCCCAGCUAAGCGGGUACAACCCCGACUUCUCCACGUUGACGCACUCCGCCUUCAGCUCCACCGGGAUAAGCCCCACAGCGUCUCACCUCCUGUCCACCAGCCAGCACCUGUUGACACAGGAAGGUUUCAAAACCGUGAUUCCCUCCUACACGGACUCCACCACAGCCAAUGCCAUGAUUUCGGGAGCCAGCACGGGCAUAGGGGGCUCGGCCAGGUCUGCCAGGAGGUACUCGGGCAGGGCAACGUGCGACUGUCCCAACUGCCAAGAGGCGGAAAGGCUGGGUCCAGCUGGAGCCAGUCUCAGAAGGAAGGGUCUUCACAGCUGCCACAUACCCGGGUGCGGCAAAGUAUACGGCAAAACGUCCCACCUCAAAGCCCACCUGAGAUGGCACACCGGAGAGAGGCCGUUUGUCUGCAACUGGCUUUUUUGUGGGAAAAGAUUCACGCGGUCCGAUGAACUGCAGAGGCACCUCCGCACUCACACGGGCGAGAAGCGGUUCGCCUGCCCGGUGUGCAACAAACGCUUCAUGAGAAGCGACCACCUUAGCAAGCAUAUAAAAACCCACAACGGCGGCGGAGGAGGCAAAAAGGGAAGCGACAGUGACACCGACACCAGUAACCUGGAAACUCCCAGAUCCGAGUCACCGGAACUCAUUCUGGAGGGGGUGAACUCUGGCAGAGUGCCGGGCAAAGACUCCACUCCACAGAACAACGAGUCGUAAACACGCCGAGAAAGCGGAAUCCGGAUUUAACCUGACAUUCUGAAAAAGUAAUUCGUUCUCACCUAACACGACACCUUUUAUUUAAAAAGAAUUAAAAAAAAACGGGUCUGGAAGUUGCGAAACAAGUAGUCCUCUCAACACAAGGUGGUCAAUAAGAAGAUUUCUUUUUUAAAAAAAAUAAAUAAAAACGAAUCGUUUUUAUAUAUAUAUAGUGAAAGCGACUUCGCACUACGCAGUAAUCCGAACGUUUUUAAAACUUUUACGGAUGCCGAACAUCUCAUGAGAUAAAACGCAAUUAAAACACAAUUGUGUAAGAAUAGACUUUUCGUCUUUCAGACAUUUUCAAGACAAGCUGUGUUGUAAAGAGCUUAAACGAAUGACUUUUUUUUUUUGUAUGGAUCAUUGCACAAAAGGUGAGCAAAAAUGAUGAACUUGGUGGGACUAUCAGUGUGUAACGUUGACAUUCACUGUACAGAUAACGAUAUUAAUAAGGAAACAUGUUAUUUUUUCUUGUAAAUGUUAAUUAUAAUAGUUUUGUCCGUGGUUGGGGUCCUGAAAUUCAGGGAAUUUCCUUUACUUUCGAUGCACUUUGUGGAUAUCAGUAUGUAUGUAAACGGCUAUUUAAAUGAGUUAAUCAUUUCUUUACUUCGAGUAAUUGAGCCUCUCAUAUUUUAAAGAGAUUAUAAACAUUUACUUGUAUAAAAUUUCUCAAGUAUAAGCUUUUCAUUUUCUUAUCAUUAAAGGGAUCUAAUCAUCA